GUCAGGAUGACAAUGUAUCGUGACCUCCCUGCUUUUAAAUGGGAAAAGGUGUGCUACUAGCUAGAAAUUUCUUCAGAUUAUUUGUAAAGGAGAUGUUUUUUUCUUCUGUUUAGGAAGAUGUUACCAAGUAUUUCAAUGAAUUCCCAAAUACAGGGGAAUGGCGCCUUGAAUUCGAGGGAUGCUGCAAGACACACAGCUGGAGCAAAACGCUACAAGUACUUGAGAAGGCUUUUUCGUUUUCGGCAGAUGGACUUUGAGUUUGCUGCCUGGCAGAUGCUCUACCUGUUCACUUCCCCACAGAGAGUUUAUAGAAACUUUCAUUAUCGAAAGCAGACAAAGGAUCAGUGGGCCAGAGAUGACCCUGCUUUUUUGGUCCUUUUGAGUAUUUGGCUGUGUGUGUCCACUAUAGGAUUUGGCUUUGUAUUGGACAUGGGAUUUUUUGAGACGAUAAAGCUUCUCCUUUGGGUUGUAUUCAUAGACUGUGUAGGCGUUGGUCUUCUCAUAUCAACUUUAAUGUGGUUCAUCUCUAACAAGUAUUUAGUGAAACGACAGAGUCGUGAUUAUGAUGUGGAAUGGGGCUAUGCCUUUGAUGUGCAUCUAAAUGCUUUCUAUCCACUCCUUGUCAUUUUGCAUUUUAUCCAGCUUUUUUUCAUCAAUUAUGUUAUCCUAACAGACACAUUUAUUGGAUAUUUCAUUGGAAAUACUUUAUGGUUGAUAGCAGUUGGCUAUUAUAUAUAUGUAACGUUCCUAGGAUACAGUGCACUGCCAUUUUUGAAAAACACGGUAAUUCUUCUCUAUCCAUUUGCACCUCUCAUUCUACUCUAUGGACUGUCACUAGCACUGGGAUGGAACUUUACUCACACGCUGUGUUCUUUCUACAAGUACAGAGUGAAAUGAAAAGAAAAAUGAGGAUAUUCAGUCAGAGCUGUGUCAGAAGUAUUGGUAAAAAGUGAUGGAGAUUUCAUGUAAAGUUUGUAAAUAAAUUAUCCUUGUAGAUAUAUCUUAAAAGUGUAAAGUUUGCAAAGGAGGAAAUACAUGUGAAUGCUAUUAUCCAAUACAUUCCUUUAAACUAAUGACGUGUACAUUUCUGUAAUAAAUAUUUUUGGAACUAAA